UACAAAGCAGACUGGGGUUUGUGCGGACUGUAUAGACCUCUAGAGGUUUUCACUAUCUAUCGUAGAACUUCAAUACUAGUUCGCUUUCACGCCCUUUUCUUUACAGUGUAAACUAAAGGGGCUCCACUUGAGAUUAUUAUAGUGAGAAUUAUACACACAUAUAUUUUCUCUCUCUCGCCGAUAUAAGCACAUAUCUCCCCGUUCGUCAAUUACACAGCAGCAAAAUUGACUUGCUGAUAAGAGGGAGAGAGCUGUUUUUGCACUUCCUAAUUCUCUAACAUCGUAUGAUGUUCGUACUUCAACUACCAAAAAGUGAAGGAAAUAUUACUUCCGAAUGGAUUUAAUGAAAAAAUAUUCAAGCCAAUACAUGGAUAAAGGAAGCGUAUUUUUAUAUAACAUAAUGUGAGCGAAAGUCGUACAGCUGAAAUCGUUCUUUAAGUUAAAGGUGACAUCGACGCGACACAUUUCCCGAGGCUACACGUGUGUUUAACAACACGUGCGCUUGUUCUGAACGAAUUGGAUGAUACGCCGUGCUAUUAAGAUUUGGAAUAAUGAAAUCUGCCCAUGUUUUCUUCGGAUAUAUGUAUUUUUCUAUCGUUGGCUGUGUUGUGGGUAGAGCAGGGGACAGAUUUUCCUCGCUGUCUUCACUGAAGGAGUGGGUGGAUCCAAAUCCCUUACCAGGUUGUGUGUUGGGUAACGAACAUUACCGACUAAAGGAGAAAUUCAGUCCUCCGAUUGAGCCCUAUGGAAAGAUGAACUGUCUAAUAUGUCAGUGUAUACCGUUGAUGAAGAAAGGAAUUCUACAUCAUUACGGAAAAGUGAGAUGCGUCAAAAUUGAGAAUGAAUGUCCGUUACCCAACUGUCCAAAUCCAAUUCUACUUCCGGGAAAGUGUUGCAAGUCGUGUCCUGGUGAGACAAUGACGUUUGAAGACAGAUAUUCCCUACUUCCGGUGGACCUGGAAGCGGAAGUAGAUGCGGCGCUUACCGGAGACGGAAAGACGAUCGAUAAAUAUAAAUCAAAAAAUUAUAUAGCGUUACUGGUGGGUAGAAAUGUUCCAGGACGAAUCCCUGUAUAUACCCGCGCAGUAGCUGUGGUCAAGCUCAAGGUGACCAACGCUGGAGGUAUCCAGUAUACGUUACGGCAUGAACGAUUAAAUCGGCCAAAAUCCAUUCAAAUGAUAGACAGAAACGGAAAUGUGUUGAUACAGAAGCGUCUGGAAGCUCCGACGGACGAUAACAAGUACUGUGGAGAAUGGACGACAAUACCUUUCUAUUAUCUCCGGUAUCUACACAAAAAAGAAAUCAUCAUCACCAUAACAACGUUUUCAUACCCGGAAGGAGAAGUGAGCGGUAGGCCAGAAGUAGAUACAAGACACAAUCCAGAGACUUUUGGUGUCCUGCUGGUAUCCCCAAAGUUAGACGGUACCGGCGGAUAUGCAGCUUUGACGUAUGGUCUAAAGAAAAAGAGGAUAUCGUAUACUAUUAUUCAUGAUGGACUAUUUAACAGCAAACGUAAACGACAGGAAUAUUUCAUAACCAUUGAAAAGAGAACAAAGAUUUUACACCAAAAGACACGAAAAUCAAGACGGAAGAAUAAAUUAAGAGGAUUUUGGAAGAGUACAAACAAGAAAAAUCGAAAACUCUUGGUGCGAGGAAGACUACGUCUGCGACUUACAUCAAAAGGGGGCACUAGCAUUAUCGGCUACAUAAAACCGGUGUUCACGUGUGGCUCCUACCAAGCUGUACUGUCGACUGGAGGAUCACUUUAUGGCAGACAAGGACCUUUGGCAAGUGCCGGAUCUGCUGUGUUUGACGUCCACGAUAACGGAGAUGUAGAUUACAAGAUAAGAUUGUUCAACAUGCAGAAUAUGGUUACAAGUAUUAGUGUCGAUACUUCAACAAAGUCCGGAUCUCGAAAUAAUCGAAUGAGAGAUGUCAUCCGGACGUACGUGAGAAACGGAACGUCGUAUGACGGUAUGGCGACCGGUAAGCUUUCAAAGCUGAGGGCGAAAGAUAUAGCUUUGUUACAAGCUGGGAGAUUGCAUGUCAACGUGGCGACAAUUGCCAACAGGAUUAGUGUUUUACGGGGGAGUAUAGAACGGCUGGAUUACCUCAGUCAUGUUGAUAUAUUUCAAGAUCCUCCAACUAUGCUAAUGUCCUCUAAAGCGUCCCCUACCGGCGUGGCGGGUCAUACCUGGAUAUCUGUGGGAGAUAACUGUGUGUUACACUACCAGAUAGUGUUGUCAGGCUGGCGAGGCCAGGACGAGGAUCUCACAGCACUCAUCACAGGGGACUAUGACACCACAGUUAGUACUAACGCUAUCUACACUAUCAUCAUCACGGACUUCCACGACGGCAAGGCUCGCGGAACUGUUGCCGAUAUGUCUGAAGAAGUCUUCCUGAGUUUAAAUAGGGGAACAUCCUUCCUUCACAUCGAGGUUAAGGGGCAAAGGAAAGGAGAAAUACGGACAAAUCUUACCAUUCCAAAUAACUGUUGGCAAGUGUUUAAUGACCAGAUCCCGGAUGUAUUUGUUGAUGAAUAUGGUAACCCAAUCACAACACACAAUCCUCGCCUCAACUGUAGGUAUAAUGGCGUAGUAUACAGAGACAGCGACACCUGGCGGCAGAACAUCACAUCAUGUGCAACUUGUAUAUGUAAUAGAGGCGAUGUACAAUGCCAUCCUGUAGUGUGUCCUGAACUGACAUGUAUGGUCAAGAAAAUGUCUGAAGACGGAUGUUGUCCAGUGUGUGCAGACGACACGCAUGAUUAUGAAGCAGUCGAAUUGGACGAGUCUGAACCGACCAACACCUCUUGUUAUUACCCUGGAGACAAGAGGUGGCACCCCGCAGGCACACAGUGGUACCCGUAUGUUCCGCCAUUUGGAUACGUCACGUGCUCAAUCUGUAGCUGUGAGCCUGGUAGUAACUCGUAUAAGUGUAUCAGGAAGGAGUGCCCUAAACUCGAAUGUCCACGUUCCCAGGCCAUACGACUCAAAGACACCGACUGCUGCCAGACAUGCCCACAAUCUGUUUCAGAGCCUCCAGUUUCCAAAGAUGUUAUCACAAUUCCACCUGUCAUUCUACCGGAAGUACCUCCAAAACGAGGAUGCUCUGACGAAGUCCGAUCUACAGCACAGUGGAGCCGAGUACCACCAUUUGGUCUGAGGAAUUGCUAUGUCUGCAGAUGUCGGGGCGGAUCCAUUAAGUGUCGAAUGAAAGAGAGAUGUAAUAAAAACAAAUGCCGGAACUGUAAAAACGAAGGAUCCCGUGGUGAACAGUCUAGGGGCAGACACGGGCCAGAUCUAACUACGACACGCGGACCCCGGAGGUAGUUUUAGAUUGUACAACAAUAAC